UUUGAACACGGAAUGCAGACAGUCACGACAGUCUCUUCUCAGCGACACAACAGCCCAGCACAGAAAGGAGCCGACAUGCGACACACAUACACUGCCUCUACCACGUUUCAACUGCUGAAUAGCCUACUUGAACCAACACAAUCAUCUUUUACGGUACCUCACUCACUAUAGCGUAGUGCUUAUCAUUCCUCCUUUGGGACUGGCAGGUGACCCCAGCAAAAUCUCAUUCCUCUUUUGCCCCUCGGAGGCAAAUUCUCAAGAACAACUAAACCCUUCGAAUCUACACUCGUUUUUGACAUCGAAAUUCUCAUGAGCAGCUCAAAUAAACCCACACGAGCACAAGAACACCAAAAGUCUAAUCGACAGUUGCUCCCCAGAAAGUCUCAAAACACAGAUCAUGAGCCGCAAUACGCGCCCCUCGAUGUCUCCGACAUACCCAGGGCAGCCUUGACAUCAGUCGCGUGCAACAACUGCCGCGUCCGGAAAUCAAAGGUUUGUCCUGUCGUGUCAUAUCGUAUUGGUGCCAUGUAUGAGUAACAGACUUUAUUAUCUCUAGUGUGAUGGUCGUAAACCAACAUGUUCGGCCUGCGCGAGCCGAAGACAGCAAUGUAUAUAUCGUGCCGAGGUCUCUCAUGAGAAGAUGGUAGAGCUGAGAAAGGGCUCUAAAGAUCUCUUUCAGGCCCUGGAGCUCUUGAGGACUGCCCCCGAUGAACAAGCUUUAUAUGUGCUGGAGAGAUUGCGUAGCAGCGGUUCUGUAUCGGAGUUCUUGCAGGUUCUCGACUCGGGCGUCAUGAAACCACCUUCACCAAUCAACCCCUUAGACACCAGUCUCGUGGGAACUUCGGCUAGCUCUACAAUAGAGCUGGACCUCAACAUGCGUUAUUCUAGCGUCUUUCCGACUCUAGAAACUCUUGAUAUCAAGGAUGUAGAUCUUGGUCUACUGGCAGUUAACAAACGAGCCCUGGCAUCUUCAAAUCAACAAGCGGCAGCACCUUUGACACCAUUUACACCAAUAGAAUUCGGCCAGAGUUCAGAAACACCGACGACUUCUGAAUCGUUUUCAACGCCAAGCGAUACCACUGGAGAUACUGGCGUUGACCCUCGGCUAGAGUCUCUUCAAAUAUGGCAGUGGACUUCCGUACCUGUACCCGAAAACCUCGCCGCAAAAGCCAUAUCUUUCUAUCUAGUCAACGAACACCCUCUACUAGCAUUAUUCGACGCCGAUCUAUUUAUUCGCGACUUUGUGGCAGGCGGAGGCCGCUUCUGCUCACAACUCCUCGUCAGCUCACUUCUUGCCUGGGCUUGUGCUUCAUACUCUCAGUUUGAGCCACGAGCUCAAACGCUCUCUCUUGCGUUUCUAAGAGAAGCCAAGAGGCGAUGGGAGGAUUUAACAGACCAUACUGCCAUCACCACGUUAUCUUCAGCAAUGCUUCUUGUCAUUACUUGCAACCAGCAUGGGCAGGACAAAGUUGGUCUUUUCUAUCUCGACGCCAGUGUACAAAUAGGUCGUCGACUUGGUCUGUUCGGCGAUGAGGAAACAUCGGUGCCCAACUUCAACGAUGACGACGAAUUACGGACAGCAGCAUCAUUUGCUGCUUGGGGAACCUUUGGCUGGCACAGUCUACACUGUAUCAAUUUUCGAGCGAAGCACCGAAUAAGACAUCCGCCAUCUUUACCUAUACCAGGGGAUGUGUCUGGGCCGCCUCUAAAUGAGUAUAUGGGCAGCACGUUUACGUGGAUAUCCAAGUUCUGGGUCAUCAUACGCCAGACAUUUCGAGAAGGUUAUAACCACUUCAGCCGUCUGCCUAUGUCACAUGCGCACCAGAUGUAUCAGCUGCUGCUUGACUGGGCUAGUAACCUCCCAGAGGACGUACAGAGGAGUGAAAACUGUCCCCAUCAUGUUCUAGUACUACACAUUUGGUACCAGACAGCAAUAAUAGACAUAUGGCGCCCAUUUCUCCGACGUCGAAGCCAUGAAGAAGCUGGGGAAAGCGAGCUUGCCACUGCGACGCACGAAGCAUCCGUCCAUCAACUCAAACGACUUGUAUAUCUAUACCGGAAACGAUUUGAGUCAACCAAUCUCACCAUGUUCAUCACUCCCGGAUUUCUCACCCUCAUCAACGAAGUAUUUCGAAACCCCAGUACAUCCGACGCUCAGUUUUACUUCAUCUUGGCGGCGCGUGGAUGCCUAUCGAUAGCAUCUUGGUGCAAGGGGCUCCGAGGUAUUACAGAAGGCUUGAUGACGAUAGGUUGGCAAAACGGAACCUUCAAACGUGAAGGAUGGACAAACAACAGCAUGAUUGAGGACAUCAGAGCUACAACACGGCAGCUCAACCAAGAGGGCACAUAUAGCAGUCUUUACCCAAUCAACCUCGAUUCAACGAGCGAGAGCAUGGACGACAUCGGCAUGGAAGCCUUGGCGGGCGAAUUUCAGAGACUGAGUUCACAAAAUGAGCCUACGCGUGGGAAAGAAGUCGAGAUGACGAGUGAGCCAAACGUCUGGAAGGGAGAUCAACGAGAUCUUAAUUUAACGUUGACUGAGGCGACGGAAGAAGAGAAAUACACUUAGUCACGCCAUUGUAUGAUUUUUGAUUGAGCAUAUGAACUAAUGAAGGAGCGUUGACGACCUGGAUAAUGGCCACUGCUUAUGGCGAACAUAGACUGGCUCGUCUGUAUAAUCUUGUAUGCAGUUUAGAAGAUACCUGAUAUUAGUCAAGGAAGAGCGAUAUUGUAUAUUUAUGCUAUUUGGCUUGUCUUCUGUCUGGACUCACUCGAGAUGCAUAUCCGGGAGCCAAGUCGUACGAGUGAGAGUU